AAAGAAAUUUCUAGAAGUCCAUCUAAUUGCCACCCAUUUCCUCCUUUACCUCCUCUUAAAACCCUCUACUCUCUUAUCCUUUCCUGACACUUCUCUAUUCACCUACUCUCAUUUCUCUCCCUCCUCUUCCGGCAAACCCUAAUUCUCUCUCCCCAAAUCUCCAUUUCCGGAAGCUUAGACCUUCUUCACAACAAUGGCGUCUUCAGCAACUCAAAUCCACGUUCUGGGCGCCACCCCCUUCACAACCUCGUCUUCAAAACCCUCUUCUUCAAGGCCGAACUCGGUCUUUUUCGGCCAGAAGAUGAGCCCUAGCACAGCCUGUAUCGGAAACCCUAAAUCGGCGUUUUUAAGGCUUAAGAAGAGCUCUGGUGGCCGUCGUCGGAGCGCUGGUGUAGGGCCGGUGAGGGUUGUUAACGAGAAGGUCGUAGGAAUUGACCUCGGGACAACGAAUUCUGCGGUUGCCGCCAUGGAAGGAGGGAAGCCUACAAUUGUUACUAACGCCGAAGGCCAGCGAACGACGCCGUCGGUGGUGGCAUAUACGAAAAAUGGAGAGAGAUUGGUUGGGCAGAUUGCGAAGCGUCAAGCGGUCGUGAAUCCCGAGAACACUUUCUUUUCGGUGAAGAGGUUUAUUGGGAGGAAAAUGACGGAGGUUGAUGAGGAGUCAAAGCAGGUGAGCUAUACGGUGGUCAGGGAUGAGAAUAAUAAUGUCAAGCUUGAGUGCCCUGCUAUUGGUAAACAGUUUGCUGCGGAAGAGAUCUCUGCUCAAGUGUUGAGAAAACUUGUUGAUGAUGCAUCAAAGUUUUUGAAUGACAAAGUAACUAAGGCCGUAGUCACAGUGCCUGCGUAUUUCAAUGAUUCUCAAAGGACAGCAACAAAGGAUGCAGGGCGCAUUGCUGGUUUGGAAGUCCUUCGAAUCAUCAACGAGCCUACUGCUGCCUCUUUGGCUUAUGGGUUUGAAAAGAAGAACAAUGAAACUAUUUUGGUGUUUGACCUUGGAGGUGGUACCUUUGAUGUUUCAGUUCUUGAGGUUGGUGAUGGAGUUUUUGAAGUACUUUCAACCUCUGGAGAUACACAUUUGGGUGGUGAUGAUUUUGACAAGAGAAUUGUUGAUUGGCUAGCUUCAAGCUUUAAGAGAGAUGAAGGUAUUGACCUUUUGAAGGACAAGCAAGCUCUACAACGUCUAACUGAGACAGCCGAGAAAGCCAAGAUGGAGUUGUCAUCAUUAACUCAGGCAAAUAUUAGCUUGCCGUUCAUCACUGCCACUGCUGAUGGACCUAAGCAUAUUGAAACCACUUUAACAAGGGCCAAGUUUGAGGAACUUUGUUCAGACCUUCUGGACAGGCUGAGAACCCCAGUUGAGAAUUCACUGAGAGAUGCAAAACUCUCCUUCAGUGAUUUAGACGAAGUGAUCCUAGUGGGUGGCUCUACCCGUAUCCCAGCUGUUAUCGAGUUGGUCAAGAAGAUGACCGGAAAAGCCCCAAACGUGACUGUUAAUCCUGAUGAAGUUGUUGCUCUCGGGGCUGCAGUGCAGGCUGGUGUCUUAGCUGGAGAUGUAAGUGACAUUGUGCUUUUGGACGUUACACCACUAUCUAUUGGUCUUGAAACACUUGGUGGAGUAAUGACCAAGAUUAUCCCACGAAACACAACCUUGCCCACAUCGAAGUCAGAAGUCUUCUCAACAGCUGCAGAUGGACAGACAAGUGUUGAGAUUAAUGUCCUUCAGGGAGAGCGAGAGUUUGUAAGAGAUAACAAAUCUCUUGGUAGCUUCCGUUUAGAUGGUAUCCCACCAGCUCCUCGAGGUGUUCCUCAGGUUGAAGUUAAAUUCGACAUUGAUGCUAAUGGUAUUCUCUCAGUUACCGCCAUUGACAAGGGUACAGGAAAGAAGCAAGAUAUCACAAUUACCGGAGCUAGUACUCUGCCUGGUGAUGAGGUAGAGAGAAUGGUUAGCGAGGCUGAGAAAUUUGCCAAGGAAGACAAGGAAAAGAGAGAAGUGAUUGACACGAAGAACCAGGCUGAUUCCGUUGUAUACCAGACAGAAAAGCAGUUGAAGGAACUCGGAGAAAAGGUUCCAGUUCCAGUUAAAGAAAAGGUGGAAGCUAAACUGGGAGAGCUCAAGGAUGCCAUUAAUGGAGGUGAAACUCAAGCUAUAAAGGAUGCCAUGGCUGCUCUUAACCAGGAAGUAAUGCAACUCGGUCAGUCACUUUACAACCAGCCUGGUGCAGGAGGUGAACCAGGUGCAGGCCCAGGCCCAACACCAGGAGCAGAGUCUGGCCCGUCAGAUUCAACGAGCAAAGGACCCGAAGGAGAUGUUAUUGAUGCUGACUUCACAGACAGCAAGUGAGCUUGUUGAAGAAGUUGUGUCAAAAAUGCAUUAAAUCUUUUUUCAACGGCUGUGUAUAAGAUUAUUUUUAGGCAGCAAAAAGCCUGUGUUUGGUUCCUAGUUAUUUUUAGUUCUGAGGAGAGAAUUUGGUAGGAAAAUAUAGAUGUCAAGGGUUCUUACGAAUUUUGUCAUAGUUUUGUUUGCAUUAUUUGAAGCUUAUAGAACAAUGGAUGUUCAUGUAAUCAGAAUAUAUGAGAUCAAUAAUAGGCAAAGUAGGAUGUUGAUUCA